AAAUAAAAACUUUUCACAAUCACCAGAUUGAUCAUUUACUACUGAUCCAAACUGAUUGUUGAUUAAAUGGCCAUGAAUGACAAGUAUACAAAUGACAAAUAUUUAAUCAAAUAAAGUCAAUAAUAAAAAAAGGUUGUAAAUUGACGGUGGAAAAAAAGAAGAAGAAGAAAAAUUAAAUUCUACUCAGUUGCAAUCAAAUCUAUUAUUCGAAAAAAACAUUCAGAUAAAACUCAUCAUCUUCAUCAUUCUCAAAGUGUGAAUGUGAAUGUGUUCGAAAAAAAAUGGCCAUCAACAUUGAUUCGGUUACGUUUGGUUAUGGAAAAACCAUCGAUACAUUGAAUAAUGUUUCCAUUCAUGUUCCAUAUGGUGAAAUAUAUGCACUGCUGGGUCCAAGUGGUUGUGGUAAAACAACAUUGAUCAAUAUCAUCAAUGGUUGGUUACCGCCACGAUCUGGUACGGUUCAAGUGUUUGGUAAACCACCGGGACCGGCACUUAAUCAUCGAAUCGGUUAUAUGCCACAAGAAUUGGGCCUAAAUCCAUCGCUACCGAUUCGUGAAACAUUUUAUUAUUUUGCCCGCGUUAAUCAUGUGAACAAUGACCAAUUUAUUCGUGAGCAAAUUGAUAAAUAUCUGAAAAUUCUUGGACAAAAUCCGAAACGACGUAUUUCACAAUUAAGUAUUGGACAAAAACGUCUAAUCUCACUUGGUGUUUUAUUGAUCAGUAAACCAAGUCUUCUGUUGCUGGAUGAACCAACCGUUGGCAUUGAUUCAAUGAUUCGUCAACAAAUCUGGAGUCAUCUACGACAAUUAUGUCGUAUGGAAGGAGCGACUGUAUUGAUAACCACACAUUAUAUUGAUGAAGCAAGAGAAUCUGGUCGUGUUAGUUUUUUACGUGAUGGUCAUCUGUUGGCGGAAGAAUCACCAGAAUUAUUGUUGAAAAAAUUACAAUGUAAAACACUGGAAGAAGUUUUUUUUACAUUAAGUAGAAUUAAAAUUGGUGAAGAAACGUGGCAAUUAUUACAAAAUGAGAAAACAAAAACAUUAACCAAUGAUGCGAUCGAUAAUUCGAUUGAUUCAAAAGCAACUUUGAUCCAGAAUCACAAUGAUUCAAAAUGUUCAAAAGAAUUUCUCAAUUAUGAUCAUCUUUAUGCAUUGUUUUGUCGUGAUUAUUUCUAUUUUACACACAAUCUUCAUCUGUUUAUGCUUUAUAUGUCGAUACCGAUUAUAACAUUGACACUAUUCAGUAUUGUAUUGAAUAAUGGAAUACGAUCAAUACCGAUAGCAAUUUAUAAUGGUGAUCAAAGUAUUUAUGAUCUUAAUCUCGGUCAAAAUCAUCGUUUAUCGGAUUUAUUUAUCAACGAAUUCAAUACAAGUAUGGUGGCAUUAAAUUUUUAUCAAAAUGAAUAUGAAGCAGAACGUUCCGUGAAACUUGGCCACAAUUCUAUGGUCAUUUCAUUUCGAUCGAAUUUUUCACGUUUAUUUUUAAAUCGUUAUUUUGAACAACAAUAUGAUGAUCAUGACAAUGAUGAUGAUAUCAACGGUGAUGGUGAAAUGCAUAUUUAUUAUGAUUAUACAAAUUUACCAAGCAUUAUGAGUGUUAAUAAUUCAAUAUUGGUAUCAAUGAGACGAAUGAUACAAAAAUAUUGUGAAAUACGAGGAUUAAAUCCACAAGCAUUCGCCAUACCAAUUGAAGAACGUGAAUAUCUAUACGGAACAAUUGAUGAAAAUUUUUUAAAUUUUAUAUUUCCAAUGGCAUUAAUCUAUUCACAAUAUCUGGUCAAUGUGGCUAGAUCAGCAUUUGAACUGCUCUAUCUUAAUGAUAAUGGAUGUAUGAAUCGUGAUCUGAUACAAGGUGUACGACCCGUCGAAUUAAUAUUGGAAUUGAUUUCAUCAAUGAUAUCUUUAUUAGUGCAGACAUGUUUGAUAAUGAUUUUUACAUUCGGAGUGCUUGGAUUUUCAAAUGCUGGUGAUUAUUUUAGUCCAUUCAUGAUAAUUUUCACAACAUCCGUACAAGGUAUGGCCACAGGUAUUCUGUUGGCCAUCGUUAUUUCCGAUAAAGCAACUGUUAUGGUUCUUGCUGCCGGAAUGAUGCUUGCAUUGGGCUUUACAUCGGGUGCUUUUUGGCCAACCGAAACAUGGCCAACAUUUUGGCAACAAGUUUCACAAUACCAUCCAUUAACGUUACCGCUGAAAUCAUUAUCAUCGUCAAUGACUCGUGGUUGGCAUUUUCAUAAUAUCAAUGUUCUCAAAGGUCAAUUGGUUGGUAUCGUUUAUUGUUUCAUACUUAUUUCUGUAGCAAUAAUUGUAUUUCAGUUUAAAAAUAGACGAUUUAAAUAAUUUGAAAAAA